AUGGAUCACGACCCCAGGAACCCCACCUACAUCUCCUCCCAGGGCCCGCUGCCCUCCACCGUGGCCGACUUCUGGCAGAUGGUGUGGGAGAGUGGCUGUGUGGUGGUAGUGAUGCUGACGCCCCUCUCUGAGAACGGGGUGAAGCAGUGCCACCUGUACUGGCCGGACGAGGGGGCCGACGUCUACCACAUCUACGAGGUAAACCUGGUGUCGGAACACAUCUGGUGUGAGGAUUUCCUGGUGCGGAGCUUCUACCUGAAGAACCUGCAGACCAACGAGACGCGCACCGUCACCCAGUUCCACUUCCUGUCCUGGACCGACCGGGGCAUCCCGGACUCCGCCCGCACCCUGCUGGACUUCCGCAGGAAGGUGAACAAGUGCUAUCGUGGCCGGGCUUGUCCUAUCAUCGUUCACUGCAGUGAUGGAUCAGGGAGGAGUGGCACCUACAUUUUGAUUGACAUGGUCCUCAACAGAAUGGCUAAAGGAGCCAAGGAGAUCGACAUCGCAGCCACGCUGGAACAUCUCCGAGACCAGAGACCUGCCAUGGUCCAGACCAAGGAACAGUUUGAGUUUGCUCUGACAGCCGUGGCUGAAGAGGUCAACGCUAUUCUGAGAGCGCUCUCUCAGUGAUUCUACAAACCAGUUAACCAACCAGUCAGUUAAACAACCAGUCAUCCAUUAGAG